AUGUUUUAUAAUAAAAAUACUGUAACACCAUUUUUAUGGAAAAGAACAUUGAAUAGAUUAAAAAAAAAUGAAAACAAUGUUUUCGAAUGUACACACAUUAGGAAUGGUACAUGUUUAGAUAAAGAGAACUUUCAUGAACAAGUUACAAAUACAGGAGUAAGAAGACAACUUAUCAAUUGCAAGCAUAACAGAUAUGUGAAUGAAACUGCGGGAAAUAUUUCCAGUCAUACCAGGAAAAUAGAGGACACUAAAUGCUAUAAUAAUAGUGCAAGUUGCAAAAGUUACCCAUUCAGUAUCCGAAGUGUUCAAAGUGUUCCAAUUGUUCGAGGUGUCCUCGGUGACAGUUGUGGAAGGGGAAAAUUUCAUAUUGGAAAAAUCACAAAAAACUAUUGUGUAAUUCAGCCAAAUAUAAAUGAAGGCAGGAAUACGAUGGAUGAUACCAUAUCCAGGGGGAUUACAGAACUGAAGCAAGUAGAGACAGAAAGUGUCCAUAGUAAUAAUUCAAAAGAAGUUCUAAAAGGAUACAAAGAUACGCUACCGGAAGAUGUUAAUAAUGUAGAAUUGCUAAAAUGCGUAAUGACAAAGAAAAAAAAGAAAAUAUAUAAAUUUAAAGAAUUUUCAAUUUUUUCAUUUAACAUUUUGGCAAAUAGUUUAGUAGACUAUAAAUACGAGAAAAAUUGUUCUAAUGUCAUGAAAUGGAUAAAUAGAAAAGAAACAAUUUUUCAGAAUAUAAUAAAUAAGUUAUCAGAUAUCAUAUGUCUACAAGAAAUAGAAGAAUCAUAUUUUACAGAAUUAGAAGAGAAACUAAAAUUAUUACAUUAUAAAGGAUUAUUUUUAAAAAAGAAAAAAGAAACAUGUCAAGAUGGAAUAUGUAUCUUUUAUAAUACAAAAAUGUUUAAGUUAUUAUUUUUUGAUGAAAUCAUUUAUGAUAAAUCUCAUUUUCUGAAAAAAUGGCACGUAGGGCUUAUAGUAGCUUUAAAAAAUUUACAUUCCAAAAAGAUAGAAUAUUAUGAUGAAAAUAUAAUUUCUGAUGAUGAUAGAAAAAUGGUGGAAAACCAAAACAAAAACAGAUCAUCUGGUUGCGUUUUUUCAUUAAAUGAUAUUGUUAUUGUUUCCAAUACGCAUCUGAUCUUUGAUUCUUGUAAGGGGGACGUAAAGCUGUACCAACUGUGCUAUAUGACUUAUCGAUUGGUUGUCAUGAUGAAUAAAUGUUUAAAUUAUUUAAGGGUUCUUAAGAAAAAGGUACAUAUGAAUAAGGUGAAGGUGAAAGUGAAAGAAAACGAGGAAGAGAAAAAAGGGAUAAAAAAAAAUGGUUCAAGAAAAGCAGACAAAAUUGAAAACUCUGAAAACAUACUUCACGUGGAAGAAAGACUACACGAAACGGUAGCAAAAAGCGAGUGCAAGGAUUAUCACAAAAUAGACAAUAGUGGUGUUCUUAGUCCUGCUAUAAUUUUCUGUGGGGACUUGAACAUAACACCAAAUAGCUUGUUGUACUACUAUAUAAUUAACAGGUACAUAAAUUUGAAGAAUAUAAAUCUAAAAAAUAUUUCAGGUCAGUACCUUAUGUUUAAAAAGGAGUACUAUGUUUAUAGCUAUUACAACGGAAAUGAAAUUAAAAAGAUGUUUGAUGAAAACAUACUUAAUGAUUUAAAACUUGAGCACUGCAAUAGUUUAACAGAAAACAUGAAAAGAGAAUCCUUAUUUUAUUUUUUUAAAAAUGAAAAUAUUUUAAACGAGGAGUAUUUAAUGAGCAAAAAUUUUCAGCACGCAGAUGAACCAUAUUUGAAAAAUUAUAAUUCCUAUGAAUAUUCUCAGAACAAAUUUAAAGAACGGAAGAAAAACUAUUUACCUUCUUAUAAUCAUACAAAGAAAAAAACUAAAGCAUUUCCUGUUAUCGAACAGUUACGCAAUGAACACAAAUACAAUGAGCAGUUCGAGAAGACGCGCGAGGUAAAGGAAGAAGAGUGCAUUAAUAAUAAAAAAGACCAACAGGAGAAUGUUGUUGGAAUGGAUAAUCAUAUGAUGCAGGAUGGGGAUGAGUAUGAUGAUGAUGAUGGAGAAGGUGAAGAUGAUGAAGAAUUCGAAGAUGAUGAAGAAGUCGAAGAUGAUAGAGAAGUCGAAGAUGAUAGAGAAGUCGAAGAGGACUGUCAACAGUGUCAACCAGAAAACGCAACGAAAAUAGUAAAUAAUCAACGAGAGGAAGAGUUCGCACUGUACUAUCCAUUAUAUUUUGAAAGUAUUUAUAACAGCUCGGAAGAAAAUCGGGUAGAAAAGGAAAAGCCAUGUUACAAGUAUGAUGAUAUAGACAAAUUGAAUGAUGAGGAAAAUAAUUUAACUCUUAGUGGUGUCCCAUUCACUGUAUUUCACGGAAAGCAAAAGGGUUGUGUCGAUUAUAUAUUUUAUUCGUACAAGACUCUUAAGAAAAUAUCUUGUUCCACAUUCCCGUCAUUCGACCAACUUGCGAAACAUGGAUGCCUACCGAAUGAGAAAUAUUCCUCCUCCGACCAUUUGUAUCUACGCGCUACUCUAGUUAGAAGGUCAAAUAAGUAG